UUUAACCAUAACUUAGUGUUCCGCGUUUAUCACUAAUACCGUGAAUAUUAUUUUUACGGGGUUUAUUCCCAACACUUAGAUCAUGAAUUUGCCUCCGGUGAUGAUAGGCAGGGAAAGGUGGAGAGUUGAGCCACGACGAAACUACCAUAAUUGCUGGAGCAUUGGACCUAGCUCAGAAAAUGGUUAAAGAUGCAAUGACCCCCAUGUCCAGAGUAUUUUCUCUUGAUCUUCAUUCUAAACUGACUGAUGAGAUGAUGAAUCUGAUUAUAAGUAAAGGCCACAGUCGCGUACCUGUAUACUCUGGCAGUCCAACGAACAUUGUAGGACUAAUCUUAGUGAAGAAUUUGAUAAAAUAUCGUCCCGAAGAUGAGGUGCCAAUCAAAGAUCUCAGUAUAAGGAGUAUGCCAGAGGUCCCAGAGUCUUUACCAUUAUAUGAUCUUCUGAACCAGUUCCAGAAAGGGAACAGCCAUAUGGCUGUAGUCUUGAAGAGUAGUAGGAAUACUAAAGAAGCUGCAGAAAAUGCCACUGCUAAACAUGAUAUAAUCAAGAUAAACAUCCUUCCCCGUCCAAUUCAAGAACCUGCAGUUGAUGAAAAAGGAGAAGAAGCAAUUGGUAUCAUUACAAUGGAAGAUGUUCUUGAACAACUUCUGCAGGAACCUAUAUAUGAUGAGACUGAUGAUUAUGUUGAUGUUCACAAGAAAAUUAGAAUCAAUAUUCCUCCCUCGAUGAUAUUUUCGCCUAGAAGAUCUCCAGGAGCAGUGGCGUCAGGGGUUUCUAAACUGAAGUGGCAAAGUCCAAUAGCAUCUCCAGUUUCAAGUAUUCAUCAGAUACCAAUAUCUUACCAACAAAGUCCAAUGUUGCGCUCACCAGUUUCCCCAUAUAUGCAGUCACCAACUGUAGUAUCUGUCUCCCCUGGACACUUAGUAAACACGAAUUCUCCAAGCAGAUUUGCGCGCACCUCUCCAUCAUCUAAUAAGGUCUCUACCAAGUCUUAUGAGAAGUUGGAAAAGCACGGUAGUUAGUACUUGCUGAAGUUUGAGGACAGUACGGUCUAAGUUUCUGAGAUGAAUUUAUCUUUUAGCUGGCCAUCAGAAAUACUGAUGAACUCAACAUUUGAAAUACCAGUGAAAUUUUUUUAUUUCAGAAGUAUUUCAUGUCAUAUGAAAUAAUGGAAUUUUACUAAUAAAUAAUCUUCAAGUUUUUUUUCCAUGGAA